AUGCCCAUUGAAUUACAGAGAUCUCAACAACUUCAUCACGACCUUGACCGCCGCAUCACGACGCUGCCUAUCUCGUCACCAUUGACUGACCUCUCAGAAAAUGAUCAGCCCUCAUCAUCACCAUUGACUGAACUAUCAGAAACUUCACCGUUUAUAGGAUCAGCCGCUCUGCCUCACCGCAGCGAAGGAACCUCGCAGGCUAACCUGGAUAACUCAUCUCCCUUGAAGAGACGCUCAAGUAUCAUUCCCUUUUACCAGCCGAAGCGCAAGCAGCAACGACAUAUCGCUUUCGUUCCUGCCACGCUUCUUCCGCCAACUCCAGCUCAGGAUUUCACCCCGGCUCAAUUGCUUAUCCAGCAGAAGAUGGCCUUUGAGUAUGUUCGCAAGAGUUUCAGGGACAGUCUUGUUGUUACUGUGGAUUACGACCUCGCAGUAGCGCGGUUCUUGCAGGAGACUUCUCAUCUCCCCCUCGGAGAUAUCCCACAGUCAGUCGAAUUUGUGCUCACACAAUCCAGAAACGAAGGACAGUCGACAUCACUUCAACAUGAUGUUUAUGUAUGUGCAAGGUACAUCAUGAAAGACCUACUGGCUUACAAUUCCAACCCAGGUCGGGAGAAACCUUUUGCGCUACGUUAUCCAAAUCUGCGCGCCUUGAAAGCUCUCGCCAUGAAAAACUCCGCUUCACCUCGGGAGCUGCCUUCGGAUGUCCCUAUCAUAUUAUUGGACAUCGCUGGGCGAGUGCUUGCAGUUGGACUGCCUCCUAAACGAACCAAGUCGCCAGAAACCGAGGAUGCCGACGUAUGUCCAAUUUCGCAAUUUCUUACCAAACCGCGCGACACUUACCUGAUAUUCGCACCAAAGCAAGUCGAUUCAACAAAGGUCAAGCUUGCUGAGCACAAGCCCGUUGAAAAAAUCAACAAUGGAUCUGGGGAUCCCAAAAACGCGAACACCGGUACGAACAAACCUGCCAUGGAUCGCGCCGACCGGGCGCUCCUUGCUUGCCUUGGCUCGGCAAGAAUACAUAACCUACCGGUUGUGGAUCAAGAUCUUAUCGACAGGACACCCACAAACAAUUCACAUCUUCUCACACCUUUCCCACUCACCCUGAAAAGCGGGUCACAGCUUUCGCAAUCUGCCAGCCAGCCUUCGGUACACUUUGGGGCAAUUUAUGGAACAGUCCAAUAUCAGUCUCUUGGGUAUGGAUUAGGUGAUACCCAUUCGGCGGACAUAGCAGACAGGAAGCUGGCCUUUGGCCCCGACCGUCAAGGAUCUUUGAUGGCGGACGCCGCAUGGCGGAAUCGCGUCGUAGGGAAAGAAAACUUACCUCAGGCGAUUCAGAUGAAUGAUGGCCCCCUCUACAAGAGACGUGAGAAUGCGCGAGUCACCAUGGAGCUGGGUUGGCAGUACGAUGUCUCGCUCGCAGUGAUUCUGGCUGUCCAGCCCGAGGCGUACAAAAUAGCACAUCAAAAUAUUGAUUUACUCUCUGAGGAUGGUGAUGUACUUGUGAAACAGCGGAUUCACCACAUGCGCCAUCGAAUUUUGUGUGGUCGCCAAAUAUCGUACAAUAUGCAGUGUGACUAUCACCAAGACGGAAAAAACUCAAACCUUCUCGACUCUGUCUUUUUCCUUGGUAGUGGAUACACCGGAGCGAGGUUUGCACUACCCGAUUUAGGAGUCACAUUGUGCGGAGACCAUGGAUACUCUGUGCAUGGCUUAUUCAAAGUCUUGUUGCAUUCCGUGACCCACAUACUCCGCCAACCAGGCCAUGCUCAACCCCCACAACGGAUAUCACUAGCCAUAUAUAACCACGCGGACCUUUUUGCUGGUGUCGCCCGGUACUCCGCAGCCAAAGACUAUAGUGGUCUGUUCAGUAAUCCCUUGCUGUGGUUACCCCUUUCGCCUUGUAAUUUUUCUGUGUCUGAAAGUGUCAAAACCCUACGAGACGCAGGAAAACAGAUAUGGAAGGAUUACAAACAUAUGCAAUAA